GGCCUGACCUGCAGCCUCCUCAAACAUGAGCCCGUCUGACCUACAGGUUUUACCAACUAAAAUUAGUUCUGUUGAUACCUUUGCAUUGGAUUGUUCUUUAUCACACAUGUGAAGUAGUCUCGGGAAGUAAUGGAAUUAUUCUCGGUCCGGAGUCACUCUUGGAGGAAAGGCUGAUCAACUUCACGGAUGAACCGGAGCGGGACGCCUUCAUCAUGAUGGGUGAAACAUCGCCUGCAGCGAGGAAUACAAAUAACUGGAAGGCUCUUUAAGCAGGCAACUGGAGAUUUGCGAGAUUGGCAGAACCUAUUAAGAAGAAGACUGUAAAAGCAUAUCGAGACACAGCUACAUCCAAGAAUGAGGAUCAAAUACACAAUAUCCAUUGUCUUUUUUGUGGCACUUGUUAUCAUUGAGAAGGAAAACAACAUUAUCUCAAGGGUGUCAGAUAAGCUCACCUUAAAGCAGACCCCUCAGACCCCUCUACAACCCAGUGGCUUUUCCCACAUACUGCUGAAGCACAAUGGUUCCUUUACAUCACUCAGCAAGAAGGACUCUGCCUUCAUGCUGAUGAAGCGGCGCCUGGAGAACUACAGCGAGCACCAGGAGGUGCUGACAAGGGGAAGGAAACACAUCCUGCUGUUAGCCACCACCAGGACGGGCUCCUCAUUUGUUGGGGAGUUUUUCAACCAGCAGGGCGACAACAUGUUUUACUUGUUUGAGCCUCUGUGGCACGUAGAGAAGAUGUUGACACUGGAGACCGGAGGCACCAAUGCCACAGCGGCAGCCAAGGCGUACCGUGACGUGCUUCAGCAGCUCUUCCUGUGUGACUUCUCCCUGCUGGAGAGCUUUAUUGACCCCCUCCCUGUGGACCAUAUCACCACCGCCCUCUUCCGCAGGGAGUCCAGCAGCUCUUUGUGUGAGGACUCGGUCUGCAGCCCCUUCAUCAAAGGGGUCUUUGAGCGCUAUCACUGCAGGACCAGACGCUGUGGGCCCCUGAACCUGACCAUGGCGUCUGAGUCCUGCCUCCAGAAGGACCACAGGGCCAUCAAGUCAGUGAGGGUGCGCCAGCUGGAGACCCUCCGUCCUCUAGCUGAGGACCCACGUCUUGAUGUGAAGUUCAUUCAGCUAGUUCGGGAUCCUCGGGCUGUUCUGGCCUCACGCAUGGUGGCUUUUGCAGCAAAAUACAAGAACUGGAAGCAGUGGGCCAUGGAUGGGGAUGUACCCAUUGAUGAUGACGAGGUGAGAAAGCUGAAAGGGAACUGCGACAACAUUAGGAUGUCUGCAGAGAUCGGCCUCAGGCAGCCACUGUGGUUGCGUGGGCGUUACAUGCUAGUGCGGUAUGAGGACAUCGCUCGGUUCCCCAUGAGAAAGGCAACAGAGAUGUACAGAUUUACUGGAAUCCCUUUCACGCCACAAGUGAAAUCCUGGAUCCUAAAGAACACCCAGGCCUCCAAGGAGACCAAUGGUGUUUACUCUACACAGAAAAACUCAUCAGAACAAGUGGAGAAAUGGAGGUUCAGUUUACCUUUCAAAAUAGCCCAGGUUGUACAGAAAGUUUGUGGGCCAACACUGAAGCUUUUUGGGUACAAAUUUGUAAGCAGUGGAGAAAUGUUAACAGAUAAGUCUGUUAGUUUGAUUGAGGACAAAGUGUUUAACUUUUCAUAGACUCUGAUGGACAUGAACUCUGAACGAUGAUGCAGGAAAAAUCAACCUUUCUGAAAACUCUGGAAUGACUGAUAUUUAUUAGGGUCUUUUGUCUUGAUACAGAGAGCUAUAUAUUUUCUGAUAGUGUGCUAUUUAAAGAUUUACUAUUUAAAAUAGCUUGAUGGAGACAAUGUAUGAACAUAGGAAGCUAGAGUAUCUUUGUUUUUGCACUCCAGACUGUUUUCUCUGUCCAAAUGCAAACUGUGUCGUCGGCUUGUCCUGCCGAUUUAGGCAAAAUCCUAAGGGAGAUGGCUGUGGGUUUGUGAGCAACAUAUGAGUUGUUUCAAACACUUCCAGGAACGUCAUUAGCUGUUUUUGUCCAGCAGUUCCUGAGUAAGCAACACAAGCUGCUUUUAUACCAAAGAAACUUGAAAUGUUAUGCAUAGCCAAAAAAAAUAAAAAAUUGCUUUGUAUAGCAAUGUUUAUGGCAGGAAGAGGAAAUACCAGUGUUUUUCAGAUAAUUUCUUCACAUGAGAUUUAGAAGUAAUGCUCCAUGCUAAAUUUAUUUAUUUCUUCUUGUUGCUUAAAAGGCCAUACUUACUCCAGGUCUGAAUGUGCUCAACAGGUUCUUUUCCCCUCUGCAGGGGUACUUUUCUUGCACACGUAUAUAGUAUUUUGCUGUACACGUUUGUUUGUAAUUGGCCAAGAUUUGUUUGAAGUUGGACUAGUCCCUUUCUGUAAAAACAGAUGUUUACACUGCUACUGUAUGCAAAUAUUCCAACUGCAGCUGGUUUGCAGGAUUGUGCAAGGUUUGUCAGCAGGUCUUCUCUGUUGACACAAGUCUCUUGGCUGGUGAUAAAAAGGGGCCCCAGUACUCUGGCCUGGCAGACUGUUUGAUAAUGUUCCAGUCUGUUUGUUCUUUUUGCAUUUUGUUUGUUACAAUAAACCUUUUACAUUAACUGUAAAAAUUCUCAUUUUUAGUUAGGACACAUUUUUUUUUGUAAAUAUAGUUAAACUGGUAAUGUUUUAACUUGUCUGAAAGAGUUUUUACAUCCAGCUGACAGCAGCACAGCUUCCACAUUCUGUCAUCAGAUAUCUUUUUUAACAGUCAUAGAGACUAAGCCAUAACAGGAAGCAUUUGUGGCAGAUCAGUGAUGUCAGUGAUAGCACCUGGGUAUCAGGUGGUAUCAUUAUAUUAAAGAAACAGAAGCUGAGUGAACAGUUUCCAAUAAAUACCACCUUUGUAAAGCUUCUAAUAAAACAGCCCACUUCAGCCUGUCGUGGUGGGGGGUGGGGGUCUGCUUGUGACUAAAACCAGAUUUUGACAAUGAAGUCACACCAAACAUGAGAACGCAACACAAGCAAACAGGAACAGUGGUUACAAGUAGAUUAUUGUUGCUAAGCAACAAUACAACGGUUGCUUCAACACCCCCACCUUCCUGACUCAGUCUCAAACAGGUCAUGCUAGCAACUCUGUGAAACUGUUCUUCAUGCUUUGCAGUGAAUACAACAUUCUAACAUGCUCACUCUAACAGACAGAUGUUUAGGUAGUAUAAUGUUUACCAUGUUCACCGUCUUAUUUUAGCAUGUUAGCAUGCUAAAAUUUACUAAUUAGCACAAGUAAUUUCAAAGUUAUUUGUUUUGCAAGUAUUUGGUCAUAAAACAACAUUUAGGACUAACUGAAAUUUUAACCGGAUGUUGGCACUAGAUAAAAGGGUUAUUAUUCAUCCUGAGAUGAAUAAUAUGAUGUGUGUUCACCUAAUAGUUGAAUUUUGUUUUCACUACAAACAUCAAAUGUCAACUGUGUGGUGGCACAAGGGGAAAAACCAGGGGAUUAUCAAAGUCAGCAGGUGACUUCUCAUAAUAAUUCCAAUGGUAGAGAUAGUUCUGUCUGGAAAUUGGCCCACGCAAAGUGGUGGACCAAUGGACUGACACUUGUAUUGUUGUUGUCUUCUAAUGUAUGGGACGGGUUUUCCUAGAAAAGAACUAGUUCAUACAAAUUUGACAUGGUGUGGGUGGAGGGGGUUUCCAAAGCUGUUCAACCAUCAGAUACCAGUAUACUGGUGCCUUGAGAUCUGUCUGUUAUUUGGUCCAUUACCGCCAAGACUGCUCAUUACUGGUUCACAUUUUAUUUGUGUGCAUAUAAGAGUUUGUUGACCUAUUUUGUGCUUUGUGCCAAAAAACAGGAAAUCUAUAAAAGAAACAUUCAGAGUUAAUUUUGUAGCUUUAGUUGUGAAACACAACCACAUUGAUUUCCAAGCCUCUUUACUUUUUGUUUGACUGGUUAAUUGAAGUGUCUCUUGCUUUUUUUUUUUGUCUUUACCAAACCAAAUGUUUAAAGUUUCUGCACACCGACUGGUUUGUCUCUGAGGAAGCAAAAAGGAGGGAUACUGUGGAGGCAGCUGCUUUGACUUUCAGUGUGUUUACCACUGUGGGCCUGGCUAUUUAAGUCUCCAAACCUAGUAAUUACCCCAACUUUACAUAUAAUGUGGUCCAAGUCAUUUUCGUCCACCUGACCCCACCCGCUUACAGAAAUGCAGAUUUGCUGUCAUUUAAACAGUCCUUCUCUCUCUAAUGCUCUUUUCAUUUAGUGACUUUUUUAUUUAAACAUUAAUUUUCUCGUUCUUCUUACAUACUACUAAGCUAAGCCACCUCAGUGCACUUGAAGUACACUCACUCAUAUCCACAGAUCAUUAUCUGGUUAGUUCGGGCUGGCUGUUCUAUUUUAGUCUUGCGAGGUCUGCGUCUGAGCGUAAACCUAAUGAGAGAAGUUCAGCAUUCAUAAACUCUUAUAUUGGAGUGGCUUUAUGUGAGACGUGUGGAGGGUGGAGUCAUUGUAUGGUUGCGGCAAAUAUAGAAUAACCACUUUCCACUUAAUUACGCCCCCGCCCCCCCGUGGUAAAAUGAGGGAAUUUAGGUAACCCCACCCUCCUGCCCUGCCACAUCAACCAUGAGGGUUUGUAAAUAUGCAAAACAGCCUGAGCAGAGGAACUGGAUGAUACCAUGCUUGUAAGAUCUGUGAUAAACAGACACAAAAUUGAGGCAAUUCAGACGUGUCUCAGAGCUACACAUAAAACCUGUGCUGUUGUAGGCGAUAAUGAUGGCUGAGGAGGAGACAUAAAUCUAAAUACACAGCAAAUUAUCUCACACUGAGGAAUGCAAUUCAUAAAACUCAGGUUGUUGCAUGUGAUAAUGAGUGACUGUGUGGAGAAGGAACAGGAUUUCAGUAUACAAAACUCACUGCAUUCAACUUAUGAGUGUCGAGGGGUCAAAUAAAGCAGUUUAUUGUACAGGAAAUAUCACUGUUAUUGAGUUUUCUGUCAUCUUUGAUCAUUUUCCAUCUAUACAUAAAAUCCAUAUGAGUGAUUUUCAAGUAUAUCAGCAGAAGCUGCAUUAAGCUCUGUGGCAAUCUUUGCAUAGGAAGCACUUCUUGGCCAAUAUCACGCUGCUUCAAAUAAAAUUCAGGCAGUAAAACCUGUCUUUUUUUGUUGGCAUUUAUUGACACCGGAUCAAGUGCCACGUGAACUGUCUCGCUAUUAUUAAAGCCAGACAUUUUUCUCAUUUUGAGGUAGAACAGGAAAUGGUAACCUGGGGAUUUACGAGUGCUGUUGUAUUUGUUUUUCUUCACAUACAACCAUGGAGAGACAUCAAAGAUCUAAUGUGGUUUUUGAGGGUUUCUCAAAGCUGUUUAACACCAGUGUUUCUCAGAUACUAAAUGACCAUAACAUCACAAACUUAUCUGUGCCCAUGCCUUAACAUCCUUUCAUUCUUAUCUAUGCAUCCAUUAAUCCAUGUAAGGAACUGUUUAUGCACGCCGUGUCACAGAAUGCUCUUGAAAUCAACUGGUCAGUUUUAUACUGAAGAUAACAAUACAUUUGUAUCAUUCACUGACAUACUGAGAAACAUAAAAUUUCUUUGUGACAUAAGACAUGACAUUUUUUUGUUUUGUCGAGUACUUCAUUGUGGCUGACCACCCCAUAAAAGCUUUUGAAGGAACGGAAAUGGAGGCCCAUUUUCUCUGGAUUUAGAUUGAGCAAAACAUGUGAGAUGUGCCUAUGAGAUGUGGGCAGAGGCUCAAGCUGUCUGACCAUUACAGCCACCAAAAUGUAUAAAGAGACUAAAUAACAAUAAUUGUGAUGACUGUGGUAUCUUAAAAAAAUGCUGUAACUGAUUUUGAUCCUCACAAUAAAGUCUAGAUGUUCUCCGAGGUGCUUGCCAAACUUUAUACUGUUAAAAACAAUUUGAAAAUCCAACUUCUUAAGGAAAAAAUAUCCACUCAUGAAA